AUGCCGUCUUGGGACAACGUACCAAAGGGCACGAUGUGCGCCGUCACUCUCACUUCACCUGGUUCGAGCCCCCCGGCUGCAUGCUUCACAUACAAAACAGACUAUCCGAGGCCUUCACUUCCCAGUCCGAAGUUCUGCCUCGUCCGUAUCCAUGCCGUGGGACUCAAUCGCGCUGAAUUGCGUGCCCGCAAUGCUGAGCCAGUCUCGCCGGUCGAGUUCGGGAUCUUUAAGGACGAAUUUCACAAUCAAUGUCCCCUCAUAAUCGGCGAAGAAUUUGUUGGCGAGGUCAGUGAGGCCGGUUCAGAAACAGGAUUCAAGGUUGGAGAUCGAGUUGCAGGAUGGGCUUACGGCGGAGGUAAGGCGUAUGACGGUUCAUACGCGCAGUAUACCAUCUGUCACCACCGGCGACUGUGGAAAUUGGGCGACGCAGCCAAAGAGGUUGGUUGGGAUGUCCUCGGCGCCAUCCCGAUGGGCCUCUGGACCGCCUACGGCGCCCUCUUCCUCGCCGCGGAGACGGAACCGAGCGACGUCGUUUUCAUCCAUGGGGCCACGAGCAGUGUUGGGCUGUGGGGCGUCUUGGUGGCCAAAGAGAAAGGUUGCUAUGUCAUUGCCAGCACCAGGCAAGAGUCGAAGGUUCAAAAGCUGAAGGCUGCUGGCGCCGAUUGGGUUGUGCUGGAGUCAGAACUGCAGGACCCGCAAGUCAUCAUGAAAAUUGCAGCCAAAGAUGUCAACACGGUAUUAGAGCUAGUUGGGCUGGAGGCAUUGGGUCCCAUCUCUAUGCCAGUAACGACGCGAGGCGGGACGGUGGUUAAAUGUGGUAUUCUUGGAAAGGUGUGGCAAAUGCCAGUCGGGGCUGGCGUCGUCACUGCCAUGCGCAAGCUCACCACUUUCACCACCCUGGAUGAGGAUUAUGACGAGGCAGGUCGCGUCUUGGCUGGCGCUGUGGAGAAGGUGAGAAGCGGCAUAUACAAGAAGGAGGCUUUCCUGGACAGUGUAUUCGAACUCAAGGACGUGGGCGCAGCACACCAACGCAUGGAGGAUUGCGCGGCAUGUGGGAAGGUCGUCCUCUUAGUACUUUGA